GAUUGAGUUUCGCAAUAUUAUUGUUAAACCGAACUUGGUGUCCAGACAGAGCGCGUCGUUUGUUGUUCGUCGUAGUGCUUAAACACUUAGUAAUCGUGUAUAAACAAACUAACGAGCGCGUGAGCGAGCAAGCAAAAACAAGUUUUUUCUUUUCGAAAAUCGUUAAACGUGACUAUGGCUUUUGCAUCGAAGUGCGCAUUUGUUGUCGUCACCAGCUUAUUGGCAUUGCUCUUGACGACGCCUGAUGUUGUGGACGCCCGUCGUGCCCAAGGCAAUAGUCAGCGCAAGACGCCAUCUAGCGGCCGUGUGACUCAGCCACCGCCACCACAGUAUAGCAACAAUGCUGAUCUGACCAAACUGAGCUACUCCAACAACUACAACGCUCAACCCAAUCGACCGACCGCCACGCAAACUCACUCCGCCAACUCGCCCGUCUCUGGCAACAACAACAAUAAUAAUCAGAACGGUUCGCCCAUCGGCUGGAAUGUGCCACAGCAACAAGGUCAGUCACAUCAGCCUGUGCCAGCGCCCGCCUAUCAAGCACCCAACUACGGCGCCGCACCACAACCACAACCCUCCUACCAUGCCCCCAUCCAGCCCAGUCAAAAUCAUGGACAGCAAUAUGCGGGCGUGCCACAAGGUGCUACCUAUUAUCAGCCCAAUCAGUUGCCCCCCGGCGCCACUUUUUAUCCAUCUGCUGGACAUAUGCCCAACACUGGCUAUCAUCCGGUUGCAGCUGCAGCCCCUCCACCAGGUGCCACGUACUAUCAGGCAGGCGCGGCGUUGCCACCAGGCGCCACCUUGUAUGCACAACCACCUCAGCAAUCGGGUUCAUCUGGUCCAGGCUUUCUAACUGGCGCAUUGGCUGGCGCUGCCACUGGCGCAGUGGUCACUCAUUUGUUGAGCUCCUCUGGCGGCAGUUCGUCCCAUCCCGUGGCCGCAGCGCCACCUGCACCCGCAGCUGGCCAGGAUCGCAUCAUUAUCAUUAACAAUGGUGUGCCCGUCAAUGCCAGCGAUGGCACCACGGUCAUCAAUGCAGGCGCAGCAGCAGCACCACCAGCAGCAGCAGGUGUUCCUGUUCUUCCAGUGAAUGGCACUCAAAUGGAGGCAAUGCAGCCCGCUCAGCUCGCACCAUUUGCGCCAGACAAUGCCACCAUGCCCAUGUCGAAUACUACGGAUCCAGCAGCAGCGGGAGCGGUAGCACCUGCAUCACCGGCAGCUGGUAGCAUCAUCUGUGUGCCAACCAAGGUCAACGAGACGGAUCCCACUGACAGCAGCAAAAUGGUGGAGGUCGAGAAGAUUGCCUGCUAUCCGGCACCGCCACCGCCCGCUGUUGCUCCCGGCUCGGAGCCAGCACCCCUUGCACCCCUUGGCUCGCCACCAGCAGCGAUGUCGCCACCGCUGGCACCAUUGGCACCGAUUACCACCAGCCAGCCAGCGUUGUUGCCACCCGAUCAGGCAGCUGUGCGCUCCAGCAACAGCGGAGCCAGCAGCAUUUGCAGCAGCACGUUGCACGCCAUGUGGCCGAUGUUUGCUGCUCUGGCUGCUUUUGUGGUGCGCUUUGCCGCAGCGGGUGGCAAUUAAGUGUCGUCAUUCUGGUUUCGUUUUUUGCUUUGCACUCUUUAUUAGCCUCACCCACUGCACCCCUAGCCACGAACCCACACACAAAUCCACGUCCUCUAGCGCGACCCUAGCAGCAAUUUUUAAAUGCAAUUACCAUGAUGAUGUGGAUGAUGGUUGCAUUGCUAACUAUUGUAGUAAUUGUCCGUAGAGUAUUCUUAAUUCGUAUGUUGUAGGUUGAAAACUAAACGCCUGAUGAUAUAUUAAUACCAAUGGCCUUCACUUGUGAUGAUUAUAAUGAUAAAGACGAAGACGACGAUGAUGGUGAUGAUGAUAAGGCAGCUAAGCUCGAAUGCAUCAAUAUUCCCUGUAACGUUAACUGUGAAUCUCUAAAAAAUACUUAAAAAUUGAAGAAACUCAAGACAAAAUGUGGACCACUUAACACAAAAAAAAAAAGGAAAUGAAAAGACAUAUCUCAGUAUAGUAUACUAUAUAUAUAUACAUAUAU